UUCAACCGCUGAGAGACAUGGAUGAGGAAAUGCACUUCCGAUAUUUUCGUAUGUCGGCAAGUAGAUUCGACGAUUUGGUUCGUCGUCUGCAGCCCUUUAUCUCACGCCAGAGUACACACAGUAUGCCUGUAGACAUUACUCAGAGACUUGCAGUUACCCUUCGAAUUUUGGCCUCAGGUGGAAGCCAACAGGCUGUAGCUGCUAGCUACAAGCUAGCGUCUAGCACGGUGUCUUCUAUUCUGUCUGAGGUAUGCAAAGCUUUGUGGGAAGCACUGCAGCCAGAGUUCCUUCCCUGCCCUUCUGUUGGACAAUGGGAGACGAUUGCAGCAGAUUUUUGGAGACUGUGGAACUUUCCUAACUGUGUGGGCAGCUUAGAUGGAAAGCAUGUCAACGUAAAGGCACCGCCACAAGCCGGGAGCGACUACUACAACUACAAAGGAGCCCAUUCCAUCGUGCUGAUGGCCACCUGUGACGCCAGGUAUCGAUUUACCAUGGCUGAUGUUGGAGGAUAUGGAAGGGAAAGUGACGGGGGCAUCUUCAAGGAGAGCAAAUUUGGAUCCAUGCUGCUCGAGCACAAACUGAACCUGCCUCCACCAGCUGAUCUCACUGGAACGGAUGUUCCAAUUCCUCAUGUGAUUGUUGCUGCAUUCCCCCUACACUGCAAUCUCAUGCGUCCCUUUCCAGGGAAAAACAUGACAAUGGAGAAACAGACCUACAACUACCGACACUCCAGAGCCAGACGGGUGAUAGAAAAUUCAUUCGGCAUCAUGGUGGCACGUUGGAGGAUUCUUGGGCGAGCCCUGGAGUUUCUGCCCCAAAAAUCUGUUGAUGUUGUGAAAGCUUGUGUAGUUCUACACAACUACCUGGCCUACACUGAUGAAGUGAACACCCUGGGGAGCAGAUACAUUCCUCCUAAUUUUGCAGACUCUGAGACAGCUGGGUCAACUCAUCCUGGCGAGUGGCGAAGAGUGGUUGCAGGGGACACCAAUCUUUUUGAGCCCCUGGACCCUCGUGUCCUUUCCAGGAGCCGAUCCACCAGAGCAGCCAUCGGUGUGAGAAAUGACCUGAUGGCUUUCUUUCAGUCACCUUGUGGAAGUGUGCCAUGGCAGAAUGACAUUGUGUGCAGAGGCCAACUCUCACAUUAAAUUGUUGGAAUAGUUGCAGCUUGUGUCCUGUUGGCAUUUACACAUGUACUGUUUUGUUGUGAAAUUGCUUUCAGACUGGUGUUAUUGUUUUGUUGUUAAAGAUCACAUAGAAUAAAGUUUUGCUAAUA